CAGUAUGUGAGCUAGCGACGGUAUAGAGGGGAUGGCAGAGAAGGCUUGGAAAGCAGGGAGAGUAGUGAGCAGUGCCUUGGCGCGAGCCCGAGGAUUCGAACGAAACUCUGGAAUUCCAACCGACAGAACAGUACCGGCGGUCGUACGACGCGGUUCUGAAGAGUGUGUGAAUAGAUUAGAGUGAAAGAGAGAGAAAGAGGGAGAGGGAGAGAGUGAGAGAGAGAGAGAGGAGUGAACGAGCGCAGGAAGGGAGGGGCGAGGAGUAGAAGGAGGGAGAUACACGAGGUUGAGGACGAUCUCCCAGCUAUUUACAAUCGCAGUUCGAAGGAUAAACCAACCAACCGUUCGUCUCUUGCCCGCGUGUUACACACACACACGAGCGCACACGCAUACACCUUUCAUCUUUCCCAGAUUUCGAUGAAUUUCGAUGAUGGUACGAAAUUCUCGACGCUCCGCAACCAUUUAUCGUGAGCGUGCGACGUGAUCGAACGACCGUGCGGUAUUGCUGCUACACUGGACGUGGACGAAAGAGUGAAACCGUGAAGAUAAUGGACGUAUUAUUAUUGUAUCAGUGAAGAAAGUGAAAAGUGAUCGAUCGUGAUAUGACCAAUGAUUCGAGGACGAGGAGUUACGACUGUUAUCGUUGGACCGUGUGAAUUCCAUCUUCGAGGAAUCGUCGAUAAUUAUCCCAGUAUCGGGGACGAGUGAUCGAGGAAAUCGAACGAUCGCGGACCGUGAACGAUGUAAAUCGUACGCGUACUGUUGUUUAUUUUUUUUUUUUUUUUCCGUUCUUUUAUUUUCCUUCGCUCGAACGUGUAUUCCUAUAUAUAUAUUUGCCCCGCCGAGAAGAUUCUCAACAUUGGGACACGGGCAGCGUCGGUGGACGCGCACUGGAACUGAAAGGGGGAAGCCGGUUCGUGAUCGCGUCUUGGAACAAGCAUCGAAGCUAAUACGAUCGUAGUGGUGGUGGUUGCGGUGGUGGUCGUCGUCGUCGUCGUCUUUGUCGUCGUCAGCGUAUCGUCGAGGCGAGGACGACGAUGCCGCAAACAGUGAUACGAUCGGAGUCGCACCAGCUGGAGCGAUCGAGAUUGAUCUCGACCUUCUUCUUCGUACCUGGCGUACGUGUCAACAUAUGAUAAAUGUAGAACACGCUGUACUCCGCUUUUUUUUCCUUUUUCUUUCUUUUCUUUUUCGUUCGGCCUCCCACUCUUGUAAAAAAAAAAAAAAAAAAAACCGUCCUCCCCGCAAAAGUGCUUUGCUCGCCAGCUCACGUGACUCCUGUUUUCGCGCGUCUUCUUUCUCGAGUCAUCAUCGUCCAUGUGCGGUCCGCGAGGAAAUCUGUAUCGACGCUCGUCGACGGUUGAAAGGAGGGAGACGCGAGACGUCGCGACUUGACGACGCGUCUCUGCGCCACGUUCGGCCACCUCGUUCCGAGCUGUGAUCCGCGUUCCCCGCGUCUCUUUUCCACCGAGAUUAAUAAGAAAAGAUCGAGAAAGUGAACGACGAGAGAACGAAAUACCGCGAUACCAGGAGAACAGACUGUUACCAGAACUUGCCGCGCGCGCGAGCGCGUGUACGCGCGCGUGUUUGUGCGUCUGUGUAUAUGUGUAUAUAUAUUUACGCACACGUAUACAUAUAUACACACGACAUUUUCGACUCAGUGAAACACGGUGUGUUACACGGACAGUGCGCGGUUCACCGAAAGCGAGAGAGAGAGAGGGAGAGAAAGAGAGAGAGAGAAAGAGAGAGUGAGAGCGAGAGAAACAAAGACGAGGCUUUCUUAUUCGGAAGACGAAAGAAAGAAAAGCGUCUGAGAGCGAGACGAAAGCGCGUGGGGUAGAGGAACGAGGGACAAUAUGAGUGAAAUGACGAGUGUCGAACAACAACAACAACAGCAGCAACAACAGUACGUAGGUGGCAAUUCGAAUCCGGAGCAUCAUUGCAAAGAUUGCGGUCUUUAUUUCGAAAGCGACAAAAGUUUGGAAGUGCACCUGCGAUACCACCAGGAGAACCUGUUAAGUCAGUGGGCGAACCAGGCCCAGCAGGAGGAGAGUAACAACAACAACAGUAAAGCUGGUAAUCAUAAUAGUCACGUGGGUGUUAAACGCGAAAGCGUGACCGCGCCGGCGGACUCGAGCGAAUCCUCCUCGAGACCGCCCUCCCAAGAUCCUACGUCUUCUCAACAACCAUCGACUCAACAACAGCAACAACAACAACAGCAGCAGCAGCAACAGACUCAUCAUCAACAACAACAACAGACCUCUGGUCCGAGUUAUAAUCACUUUCAAACGCCGAUGUUCGGCGAGACGAAUUAUUUUAUGCAGAACGACCAGGCCUACAUCUUGCCCCAUCCCCAUUACGCAUCGCCGCCCAGAGAGGAUACGCAAAACAGUGGUGGGGGUGGGGGCAGUGGCGGUGGAAGUUAUUCGCGUUACCAUCCGUACCAACAUCAACAACAUUUUCCAGCGGAACGGACCAGUUCCGUAAGUUCCACCAGUCCGAGGAGCCCCCCUCUGCAAUGUGACAAGUGCGGUGCAGUGUACGAGGACGCGAACCAAUUGGGGGAACACGUGAGGACGAGCCAUUCGAACUCGCCCGCCUCGUAUCAACACCAACAAUACCAACAGUUGGGCAACAGUCCUCAGCAACAAAAUCAACAACAAAUGCACCCGUCGCCACCGCAGCCCAGCCAACAGCAGCAGCAACAAUCGGGUUACGAUUACAACGGUGGACAACCAGUGAAGUUGGACGUGAAGCAAGAACCGGACGAGCAGGCGGAAAUUCUCGAUCUGGACUCGCACAAGGUGCAGACUCACCGAUACGAGGAGGAAUUGAUGAGACUCCACCAGCAACAGGAGCUGCACAUGCAGAUGCACCAGCAGCAGGUGAUGCACCAGCAGCAUCAGCAGCAGCAACGCAGCGGGUCUCACUCGGUGAGCUCCAUGCUGGGUUGGCCAACGGCCGCGCAGUCCCACGAUUACCACGGAUUGUCGUCGAUGGGUCCGAUGGAAGGCGUCUCGCCGCUCUCCGAUCAGAGCCAAUUCAUACGGGGGCAACACAUGGGCGUGGAACCGCCGCGGCAUCCGGGGUCCCCCAUUAUCACGAGCACGCAACCGAUGCCCGGCCACCAGAUACCCGGCGGCCUGUUGCAACAACCGCCCAAACCCCCACCUUUGGCCAAUCAAUCGUGGAAAAGUAACGAGGCGCGGCGGCCGAAGACCUACAACUGCACCGCGUGCAACAAGUGGUUCACCAGCUCGGGCCAUCUGAAGAGGCACUACAACACCACGUUGCACAAGAACGCGGUGAAACAGAGCAAUCAACCGGACCCGGCCAACUUGCCGAUCAGCGCUCACCACCAUCCCGGCAGGGACAGCCAUUCCGGUGGCAGAGCCGGAGGACCGCCACCUAGAUCGCCGGAGCUAUCCUCUUCCGGGAGUCCCCCAAACUUGAUGGCAGGUCCCUCGGGCGAGGCGGCGAGGGGCCUGCUCCACACGCCCACCAGUCUCUACAGCAACAGCAGCAGCAGCAACAACAACAAUUCCAACAACAGCAGCAGCAGCAGCAGCAGCGAAUCUGCGGCGGCGGCGGCGGCGGCGGCGGUCCUAACCCAGCAAUCGGGUUCGGCGGUGCACUUGGGCUCAACAAUGGUGCCGCCGCUCAAUUCCCCCCCGGUCCAAUCCCCGUUGGCGGGUCACCAUCAGCAACAAAUGGGUUCCCCGUCCUCUCAGCUGGGCCAUCAGCAGCAACAGCAGCAGCAGCAACUCCAUCACCUGCCAAUGGGUUCGCCGUCGGCCCACCAACUUCCGGCCCACCAUCCCAUGAGUUCUCCCAUAUCGCCCAUGCAUCCGCCGCCGGCACCCCACCUGAAUUCCCCUUCGCCAAUGGGCUCGUCCCACCCGCACCACCACAUGACUUCUCCAUCUCCCAUAACGCCGGCCUCGGUCCACCCAGCAAUGGCUUCGCCCACAGCGAUGGGGGGUACUACGAUGCCUCACCAGCCGUACCCAAACGCCUUGCCCCCCCACGUUAUAACUACUACCAACAUCCCGGGCCUGCUGGAGUCUAUCACCAUCCAGCUAACUACUACUGGUAACGAGAUGGACGAGUUACCGCUCUCCGCCCAAUCUCAACACCAGCACGAGCAACACCACCAGCAGCAGCACAAUCAACAGUUGCAGCAACAGCAACAACAGCAGCAGCAGAAUCAUCAUCACCAGCAGCAAUCUCAGGAUGUUUUACCCGGUUUCGGGACCUUUAGCAAUCAUCAAAGGCCCCUUCCGAGCUUCACUCAGUUCAACGUGACCGGGUUUCUGAUCGGCCAAAAUCAAGCGCAGGCCGUUAACGUGGGGGGGCUAAAUUCGGAGGAGAACGUGUCUCCUCCCCAGGAACGAUCGUUCGAAUCGUCCGAAUCGAAUUUCAUCCCGUAUAGAACUUCGACGCCCCGAUACGAAUCCCUGGCCAAUAUGGAUUCGCAAGCAACGGUGGACAUGCAACCGAACACGGACGGUAUGAUCAUCAAGCAGUACCAAUUUCAAACCCAUCAUCAUUUGCCGCACUCGCUUCACCAGCCCCGGGACCAUCACGAGGCGAACAACAAUCUGCCGAGCAAUAAUUCGAUGAUCCAAGGGAAGGAGGAGUUGAACCCGAACGUCGGCAGACAAUUCGAGAAGGGCGGCUCGUACAAAACGAAGGGCGGUACCGUGAUCACCAAGGAACACCAGGUGACCAGUACCAACACCGGCUCGCACUACAUUUCCCAGGACGGCUUUCACAAGUGCAUCGAAUGCGACAAGGUAUUCAACAAGGCUUGCUACCUGACGCAACACAACAAGAGCUUCCACUCUGGCGACAAGCCGUUCAAAUGCAAUCAGUGCGGUAAGAGGUUCCCCCUCGAGUACCUGCACGCGGAGCACCUGCAGAAGCACGCCGGUGACAAGCCAUACAAGUGCGAGAUAUGUCCCAAGCAGUUCAACCACAAAACUGACCUUAGGCGGCACUUGUGCCUCCACACCGGCGAAAAGCCGUACGCCUGUGAUAAUUGCGGCAAGGGAUUCAUCAGGAAGGACCACAUGAUGAAGCACCUCGAGACGCACAAAAAGAAAAACAACAACCACAACGUCCAUCUCAGGGCGUGAUUCGAGAGCAGUUUGAAACAUCGAGCAUCGUGGACGGAAGGGAACUACGGUGGACCCCGUUCCCCCGAUGAUCUUCGCCUUCGUUGUCGUCGUCGUCUUCUUCUUCAUCGUCGUCGUCGUCGUCGUCGCUAUCGGUCGAAAAAAAGGUGAGAUCAUCGAACCGUUAACCACGACCGGCUCCACAAUCGUGUGUGAUACGAGACCGUUCCAUCGUUGCGAUUUCUCCAAUCCUUCCAUCGUGUUUAAAUUCGAUCGGAGACUCGACCCGGGAUUCGAGCUCGCGAUCGAGUUCGAUCGUGAUCCUUUAAUUUAUCCUUAUCGAUCUUUUCCACAUCUUUCGAUUCUUUUUUCCUCUUUUCUUUUUCUUUUCUUUUCUCUUUUUUCUUUUUUUUUUUUUACUUUUCCCCUUUUUCUUUUUCGACCAGACGAUCGUGUAUUUUACUCACGGAUUAUUUGAUUCGACGAGAGAAACGAGAUCCGUUCGUGCCAUAGUUCCUCGACGUUUUUUUCUUUCUUCUUUUCUUUUUAUCUUUUAAUAUCUUGUCGUUCGUAUACACAGAUAAUGAUGAUAUUGUCGGGUAUAGAUAAGAUCUCGCAGAGUCCCUUUUCAUCGACGUGGUAACAACGAUACCUCGUCCAAAGGAUAUUGAUUUUCCUUUUGCUCAACUUGUGUUGAUAUUUAUUUCUUCUCGAAUCGGGAUUGAAAUUUACCACGUUUGAACGCGCGAACGUUGGACAAUGGAUUCGUACGAAAGAUAGAAAUUUUCCAUCGUCGAGAUCGAUUGAGUAUCUAAAAGUAUCUAAAAAAAUUUAAAGAAAGAAAUAAAGAAAAGGAAGAAUAAGGAACGUUGGCGAUACACGGAAUCGAUCGUGAAAUAAUCGGCCAGAGAUUUGUUCUCUCGCCGAUUGCUCGACUCCGUGGAUCGCUGCCCCGCACUCUGACAAAAUGGAGUCCGGCAAACAUGUUCUCGAACCCACGAUUCUCUCGAGAAAAUCGAAUAAUCGAGCACUCUCGAAUGAUAAUAAUUCCGAAAGUGAAAGAAAGAAAAAAAAGGAGAAGAAAAAAAGAAAAAAAAAAAAUAGAAAAGAAACGCGCAAUUCUAAUGCGACGUCGAACCUUCGAAGCUUAUCAAUUGUACAAAAUAUGUUAAAUGUAUAGGCGUACAAUUAAUCUAUAAUUAUUAUUAUCACUGUAAUUAUUGAAUUUAAUUGAAUAUCGUUUAGAAAGUGAUUACGAAACUUAUACAUAAUACUCGUAUUUUAUAGCGUAUUAUAUAGCAUACUUUUAUGAAAGGAGAGGAAAAAAAAAAUAAUAAAACGAUUGAUAGAUACAUAUUCGCGAAAAGACGCGGCGAUGAGAAACGUAAGCAAAUUUCAAUCCGAAUCCACCGUGAAAAUCGUUCAUCGAUCGAUAUUUCUAUUUUAAUCGUUGUUCAUUUUUAUUCCUUUUACAUUCUUUUUUUUUUUUUUCUUUUAAUUUCUUUAUUCUAAAGCGAUCGAGAGAAUAUAAAAGAUUUUUUUGUCUACCACUCUAUGAGAAAUCUUUGUAUACAACUCUGCUUCUCGCUGCAUUCUUUUUUCUCUUUUUUCCUUCGUUUUUUAACAUUCCUUUUAUUUUCGCAUACAUUCCAAUUUGACAACGUGAACGACUAUCACCGGGGAUUCGUUUCCGCGAAUCCACCAUCGCGUCUUUUCAACUUUUCUAAAACGUUAAGAUUAAAUAAUAAGUUUCAAAUUGUACGUUGCCCGGAACGAAUCUUGCUCGUGUCGUUUAUAUAGUAAAAUGUAAAUCGUUUUCACUCGCAAUUUUCACUAGAUAUUUUCAAACGAUAUUUUCGAGCAAAUCUUUUCGUUAUAUGUAUAUAUAUAUAUGUAUAUAUAUUAUAAUAAUAUGUAUUACCAUGAUACACAAUAUACAUGUAUUAUUAUACAUAUAUUAUAUACAUAUAACCACGCACACACACACACACAUAUACGUAUUAUUUAUAACGUUUCGCGGACAAAAGAGAUAUUCUCGUUUUUUUUUUUUUUUAUUUCGCAAAAUUUCACAACACCAUAACAAGAUUUCUACGAAUGACUCGACCACGGUAUUUCGUAUUUCUUCGAUUAUUAAAUCGCGGCGGAAUUUUGUGGAGCGUGCCGCCUCUAAUUGCGCGGUACCCGUCGCAUACGAUCAAUUAAUGCUCGAUUAAUUGCUCGUGGAGCGCAAAACGAGCCAAUCACCGAGGAUAGGAUCGAGUCUCUCCUCUCUCGCGACACGAGCGAAUUUCCCUUCGAGCUACGCACAGCUCGUUACACUUACACACACACACACACACGUCACACAAAUCAUACGUAUACAUGCCAUAUGUAUAUAUGUAUAUAUAUAUAUAUACAUAUAUAUGUAUGUAUAUAUAUAUAUAUAUAUAUAUAUAUGUAUACAGAUACACGAUACGACGAAUAAAUGACGACCUCGCCGUAACGAAAUUUACGUCGUGUUUACGCGUAAUUAUUUCUGUUGAUGAUCGCUUAAUCGAUCGCCGGAUCCGAUCUUAGGCAACUCUAAUAGUUGAUCGUAUAUAUACCGUUACGUAUUUAAAUUUCGUUCUCUUGUUCCCGAUUGUUGUUGUUACGAGAACGAUAUUAUUACAUUUUCUAUUUCCUUUUUCCUCUAGACCAUUGAUAGAAUCAUUUCGUUCGACAAUAAUUUAUCCCUUGCCAAACUUGAUUACUAAACUUUAUUAUCGUUAUUCGUAUAUUACGUACGUUAUAUAUAUUAUUCGAGAGAGAUCAAUUAUCGAAGGAUCGAAUUAUUAAAGAAAUCGAUAUUUUCGUUAGAUCGGUUAUUAAAUAUUUGAGAAUUUCGUAGCGUUUAAGUGCACAGUAUUAUUUUUAUCGUUGUUUGAUUCGUCAGAACUCGAGUAUUCUCGCGUCGAUUGUUUCUCGCGCAGUAUACGAUUUAUCCCGCGUAGAAAAUUAAAUUUUGCUCGCUCGGGGACUCGAUCACUGUCACUUACUACACGUACAUAAUACGAUACACAUACGCACACAUAUAUUCAUAAAUAUACACGUAUGACGUCCUUUCGCUAAUUUUCGUUUCGUAGGUAUUUUGUAUUUAACGAAAAAGAAAAGAAAAAGAAAAAAAAAAAUUGACGAAGAAAUAAUAAAGUGGAAGCGAGAGAAGAAAAAAAAAAAAAAGACGAUAAAUUAUAUAGCACUCUUGCCAUUUUUACUACGUAAUAUGACACCCAGAACAGACUACCUCAGAGUUCAGGAAUUUAACGAUGAAUGAAAGAAAGAAAGAAAGAAAAGAUGAAAGAGCCAAUGCAAUAAUAAUAAUGUUAUUAAAGAAAAUGAAAUGUAGCUGAACGCGCCAUCCGUGCGGGCGGAACGACGUACUGCUUCUUAACUUUCUCCUACGUUUUUCACGUUUGAAUCUGAAGAAUAAAUAAUUUCCACGGUGUUAAAUUUUCGAUAAUAAAAAAUUCUUAUUCUAUGUGAUUUAUUACAAUAUAUAUAUUUCGUACCGUUUCUCGAAUUGGCCAAUAAUAAUAUAUAAACAACGACGGAAGACAAAUUACAGUGGAAGAAUCACUCUUUCUUCUUUGCUUUUGCCUCAAAGUUCCUCGAGUCGCCCGCCGGUCGUAUGAGCGUGUUAAUAGAUCAUUAUACAUAUAGAUUCUA